AUGGAGCGUGAGCGCGAUCGCGAACGAGGUAGUCGCGAUGGCGAUCGAGGGUACGACGACUACGGGUAUGAACGCAGCCACCGCGAUAGCGAGCGAGUUCGAUCGAAAGACCGAGACCGCGAGCGCGAUUGGGACGAACGCAGCACCACAAGUAGCACCAGUAGCACCCGCGAUCGAGAUCGUGAGAGACGUCGCGACAAGGACAGCAGUCGAGAUCGUGAUCGGGACUGGGACGAACGCAGCACUGCAAGUAGCACCAGCACCAGCCGCGAUCGAGACCGUGAGAGACGCCGCGAUAAAGACAGCAGUCGCGAUCGAGACAGAGACCGCGACCGUGAUAGAGAUCGCCAUCGCACCCGGGAUCGUCGCGAUCGAGACUACGACUAUGAUCGGGAUCGGGACUACGAUAGGCGAGACUAUUCGUCACGCUACAGCAGCUCAUCAUUCUCUCGUCCGGCGACGUAUGACCCACGACUUGCACAACGGACGCAGCUGCGAAGCCGACGAGGCGAUGGUGAUGAAGACGAUGAUCGCUAUGAAGACGUCAUGCGCAGAAAGCAACUGCAGGACGAGUUAGGCCUCUCAGACGAAGAAGAGCUCCCUCCCGACGCUGCAAACGGUGGAGGUUCGUCGCGCAGCAACAACUCGGCGGCUGGCGAUAAUGAGUCUAGAGCUCGCAUCCGGGACCUUCAGCGCGAACUCAAAGAAGCCCGCGAUGCAGAGCAAAAAGCGCAGGAAUCCCUCAGUAAGCUGCAGCUGCUUAGCAAGUCUCAGACUGCCAUCCUCAAGACUUCCAUGAGCAAGAAACUCCAGCAGAAGGAGGCGUUGGUGGAAGACAUGACCAACGUGAUCAAGGAGCUUGAACGCAAGCUCACCGAAGCUGGGGUGACGUUCGAUGCGUACACUGUUCCUGAAUCGGCUCGAGUAUCGUCCGGACGACUGAAUGCUGCUGGUACACCAUCAGAAAACGACGGUGAAGCUGAAAUCAACGCUAUGAAGACCGAGAUGGAGCGCUUAAUUGAGGAGAACAGUGCGCUCAAGAAAGAGAAGGCUGCUGGGGUGAAAACGAACGGCACCGAGUCGAAGCCAGCUCCACCCUUGGACUCCUCUUCGGAUAAUAUCGUCAGCAAGGCUGCUCUUGAAAGUAUGGAGGCGGAGAAGCGCCAGCUGGUGCGCCAGUUGAAGGAGAUGCAGCUGCAGUUGACCGCAAUAAAGUCCGCGGCGCCACCACCGCCUGCUCCAGCACAGACACCAACAUCUGCGUCGGAGAGCGCCCCAACCUCUGCGUCUACCAGCUCGGAGGAGAUCCAGGCGUUGAAGAGCAAGCUUUCUGCUUCUGAGUCCUUGCACCAGAACGCCCACAAAACGAUCCAGAAGCUUGAGAAGGAGAUCGCUACUGCAGCAGCGGCAGCUUCUCAGGCAGCUUCAGCAUCCGAAGCGGGCAGCGGACCUGCACAAGGACCUUGCAAGCUUGAAACAGAGCUUCAGUCUCAAGUAAGCGAUCUGGAGGCGCGCCUUGCCGAGCUUCUAGCUCAACUGGAGCAACAGCAGCGCGAUAGCCAGGCGAAGGCAACUGCAGCUGAUGAGCGCUAUGCGAAGCUCAAGGCGACUGCCGAGGGCGAGCUCAACAAGAUCAAGGAGCAGGCGAAGAAGGCCAUCUUGGAACUCAAACGGAAGCUGGAGGUUGCAUCCAAGGGUCAACAACGCAAGACGGCAGCUAUUACUGGCAUGAGCUCGCAAUUGCGCGCCCAACGUGCUGACAUUGUAGCCUUGAAAUCACAAGUGACAGCGCAGCAGCAGCAGGUUCCCAUCUUGGCGAAGCAGCUCACGGAUAAAAUCGUGCAACGCGUGCAGAAGCAAGCGGAUGCCAUGGCCGGUGUUGUUGACAAUUACAAGCGGGAGAUGAAGGAGCGCAAGCGCUUGUUCAACCUCGUCCAGGAGCUUAAGGGCAACAUUCGUGUGCUUUGCCGCGUGCGCCCGAUAUCCAAGUCGGAAGUUGCUCAAGGCAGCAAGAUGAUCUGCAAAUUCACGCCCGAAGAGAUCACACUAACCGGCGAGAAGGGCAAGGUGAAGACUUGGGAGUUUGACCACGUCUUCGACAUGGGCUCAACACAAGACCAACUCUUCUCAGAAGUGAAGCCGCUGGUCACCAGCAUUCUCGAUGGCUAUAGCGUGUGCAUCUUCGCCUACGGCCAGACUGGGUCAGGCAAGACGUUCACCAUGUCGGGGCCUCCAGAAAAUCCGGGCAUCAACACGCGUUCGCUGCAGGAGCUCUUCGAGCGGAAGUCCGACCGUAUCAAAGAGUACCAGGACGAAAUCACUGUCAGCAUCAUGGAAAUCUACAACGAGCAGAUCCGAGACCUGUUGGCUCAAGACGCUGCAAACACGAACCUGCAGGUUCGCCAGGGCCCCACAGGCAACUUUGUCCCAGGUCUUACAGUGGUCCCAGUGCAAACACUCGACGAAGUCUUCGAGCUCAUCAAGCGCGGCAAUAAGAACCGCAGCACGCACUCCACGGACAUGAACGAGCACAGUAGUCGAAGCCACUCGAUCCUCUCGAUCCAACUCAAGAGCCUCAACAUUGUCACUAAUGUCGUCGCAAGCGGCAAGCUGUUCCUUGUCGAUCUUGCUGGUUCCGAGCGACUCUCGAAGACAGGGGCUGAAGGCCAACGGCUCAAGGAGGCACAGAACAUCAACAAGUCGCUGUCGGCACUCGGGGACGUCAUUGCAGCGCGUGCGAGUAAGCAGAAGCACGUGCCAUACAGAAACUCGUCUCUUACGUACCUUCUCCAAGAUGCGCUGGGUGGUGACUCGAAGACACUCAUGGUGGCCUGCGCUAGUCCGGUGGACUACAACAGCGAAGAAACCUUCUGCACGCUCAACUUCGCUGCCAGAACCCGAAGUGUUGAGAUGGGCAAGGCCACCAAAAACGUCGCUCAAGCUACAUAA